GUCGCUGUCGGUCAGGUCGGUCAGGCCGGCCACACAUAAUGUGUCCACACGCUAAUGGCUAUAUAUCUAUCCAUGCGUUGUGGCGCGGAUAGGCGACCAAUCACAUACGUGAUUAUAAUAUCUAUGCUGUAUUUCAACAAACGGAUCGGUCGCGAUGCAACGUCUUGCCCUCCCCUCACCCCCUCACCCCCACCUGUCUGCGUUUCCAUUAUGCCCGGCGGGUCCUUGUUCCGCAUAUAUACACGCCACACAUCUUCCAUGGGGUGAAUUCUAUAUCAUCAAACCCCGCUGUUCGGCUCGUCCCGUAUGUCCUUUCUUCGUCUGCACCCACAUCUUCGUUCAGCUUGCCGGCGAGCGAUCUAGAAUACGACCGUCUCCACCGAGACUCCACACGAUCUUUUGUUUUCACGAAUUUAUGAAACAUGUCUCUUGCUCUCGCCCUGUACAAUUUCUCUUUAACAGAUCAGUCUCCUCUUCUACAAUACCGUCCGUUCCGCGAUGGACCGCUUGAAACCUCUUGGAACGUUUCGUACUCCGCGAACACCAACCUGGCUUGGGAGCCGGGCGACUAUCCCGACGCAUUCGUCAGCUCGUACACGACGCAACUGGUCGGUGCAUCUGUCGAGCUCGAGUGGACGGGUACUGCGAUAUGGUUCUAUGGCCUCGCUGAUCCAGCUGCAUAUGAUGUGCAGCUCGACGGCAGCAGCGCUAUCGCUGGAGCGGGCACAAACUCGUCCGAUGGAACGCUCUUCAGUUUGACGGACUUGGAAUAUGGACUGCAUUCGGUGACGCUCACGGUUGUGAAGGCGCCGGUCACGGUAUUGGGAGCAACGAUAACAGUCGGACUGGGUGAGACCGGUUCCAUCCUGGAGACGCGCAACAUCUCGGCAGUGACAAACAACAUACCGCCUACUGCAAAUCCCAUGUUUUCGUCCAACGGCGAUUAUUGGACUGUCAACAGCUCCUAUGCCUACGACAAUACUACCGAGUCUUAUCCACGUGUGGUCACUGAUAUGCAGAGCGCCUCCCUCACGUUUCUGCUCAACUCGACCGUGGGUUUUGCGAUACUUGGCAGCUGCGAUUAUGAUCACGGCGCGUACAACGUUACUUUGGAUCCACCCCCUCCAGACGGCUUCGUGGGGAGUAUGCAAUACAAUGCAUCUUCUCAUUGGAUCGCACUGAAUGAGAUCAAGUAUCUGGCGACCGGGAUGGAUAGGACGCAGAACUAUACGGUUACCGUCACCAACAUGCAGAAAGCCGUGUUUGACCUCGCUCAAGUCAUGCUUUUUGAUGCCGUCCCUCCGUAUGUAAAUUCUGUCCACUCUCAGCCCCGUAGCAACGCGUGUUGA